AUGAGCAAAUCUCAUUUUGAUGAAAAUUUUCAAAAUACUACCUCACAAGAUGAAAAUUCUCAAAGCAAAAUCUCCAAGAAUCUGUUCAAAAAAAGUCUGCUGAACAACAACUUACAGGAGUUUGGAAUUUCUUCACAAAGGUUCUUCUGCCAUAGCCAGGCUGCAUCUCAAGAAAUUACACCUGGUGUUGAACUAAGUUUAGACGAAUGGACAGAUCCAAGCAGAAAAUCAUUAUGGAACUUUGUAAUUCAUAUAUUUGCAGGACGAAAAUAUCUUUGGAAAUUAGUUGACUUAUUUAAUCAGAGUCAUACUGGAGAAACAUUACAAGAAUGCAUUCAAAAAAUAUUUGAUGAACUUAGUGCACAUAAGUUUGAAGCUAUAGUAACUGAUGGUGGCUAA